AAAUCACCAUGACACACCACUGAGACAUGCGUCAAAUGUUGGAAAGGCACAAUUCCGAGGGGUUCCUGAAGGCAGCAGCAGCUGAAGCUCCAGUGGAAAUAAAGCCCAACAGAUGUGACCAUGAGCGACACAAAAAGUCCGGUGACACUGAAAAUAAUCCUCAUAGGAAACUCCGGGGUGGGAAAGUCCUCCUUCAUGAACAGAUAUGUGAAUCACCGCUUCACCAACAUGUACCGGGCCACCAUAGGCACUGACUUCCUCUGCAAAACAGUCACCAUAGACGGGGACACAGUCAACCUGCAGAUCUGGGACACAGCGGGUACAGAGAGGUUCCAGUCUCUGGGGACACCUCUGUACAGAGGAGCCCACUGCUGCAUGCUGGUGUUUGAUGUCACAUCCAGAGCCAGUUUCUCUGCCCUGGUGGAGUGGAGGAAGGAGUUUCUGAUCCAGGGCGAGCCCCAGGACCCAUCCGACUUCCCCUUCAUUGUAGUGGGCAACAAGACUGACCUGAGCGACAGGGAGGUGUCUGGCAGGAAGGCCCUGCAGUGGUGUGAGGAAAUAGGAGCAGAGUACUUUGAAGGAAGCGCAAAGGAGGAUCUAGAUGUGGAAAAGUCAUUUCUGAGAGCGGCUCAGAGCGGCUUACGACAGUACAAAAAACACACAUUGGAAAAUACAGGACAUUUCCAGAUAACCUGCAAACAGCCGAGAGAAACUCGCAACACCUGUGAGUGCUGAGAGCAGCACUCGUCCCAGUGUGGGAGGGAAAAGUUCAGAGAGACCUCGACACUGCUGAUGAUGACCUAUCUAACGAGGGUGCAAAAAUAGUGACCCAGCAAAGGUACUGUGGAAGGAAAGGACACAAUUGUAUACCACAUGGAGAGAGGAACAAACUCAUUAAAUGUUUUUUUCUUUUUUUGAGAACCUUCAG